AUGCGUAGGGGAACCUUGUUGCUGGCCUUUACUGCCAGCGUCGUCUUCGGUACUGCGGACAUUGUAUACAAGAAGCAUGCAGACUACUUAAAGCCAGGAGUUUUAGCUGAGGUCGUCUUGCUCCGUGGUCUACGACCUGGUCAAGGUUCGACGGAUGGAGCACUGGGGGCAAGAUUGAUCGACUUAAGAAGCUUAGAAAAGAGAAGGGGCACAACUGGAAGAGCCGGAAAAGGUGGAAGAGGUGGGAGAGGUGGGAGAGGUGGAAGGGCUAAGAAGACCAAGCAGAGGAAGCAGAAGACCAAUAAGAAGCCAAAGAAGCCAAAGAAGAAACAAAAGACUCCAAAGAGGCCAAAAAAGCAGCCUUUGAAAGCCUGUCCUAUAAAGAACACGAAGGGCAAGGGCAAGCUGAACAAGUUCACUCUGAAAUACUUCCAAAGGAAAGCAUUCAAGAAGCCACGGGCCGAUAAAUGUCUUUUCUACACGAAUGGUUUGUCCGAACACGCACAAAUGUAUGGCAAGCAACACGGUCUUAUAACCAUCUGGGAUAUUUGGGGUGGCCCCAAGUCGCCGUUCAUGAAAUGGGAACCCUAUCAACAUGAUAAUCCUAUGCGGUGCAUUAUUGCGGAAGAUAUUCCCGAAAAAUCGGGCAAUAGAAACUCGAUCCGACAAAGAUACUUCUCGACUAUGUCUGAAGCUAUGGCCUCCAUGUGCAGCGGCAAAGUCACCUUUAUGGACAGGAACUUAAAGAAGGGUACAUACGGACGAGUUAAGCAAGCCGGUAUCUGGGGAAAAAUAGAGUUCCCGCGGCUAAGGAAAGACGGAAAAACCACAUCGAUCGAUGCAAUUGGAAUGUACGAGCCAGCCGAUCUUGACACGCAGAUCACGUGGCCGAAUUGGUGGGUAAAAGGCGAUACGACCUGGCCUAACGAGGACAGUAAACCUGAGGGUAUCAAAGAGCAUCUCUUUUGGUAUGCGCGAAGUGCCAGGAUCACACAGUUUAAUGUCAUGCUAAGGGUUGUAUUUCCGUAUAAAAUUCCGUUUCCAUCAUCUCCUGGAUCUCGAGCAUCUAAGAAUUCAAAAUUUGGGACUGCGAAAGAUGGGUUCGGAAAAAGCUAUCGCGAUAGCAUCGGCUCCGCGGAGCCAUGCCUCGUCAAUGCCGAGCGAGGCGAAAGAUCACAUAUUGAACACAAAUUUCAGCCUUCCAAUGAACGACAACUUCAAGCUGCUCGGCAGCCCGAUCGAGCAACCUUCACCUCCCCCGCCGAAUCCGCAAAAUACCGCGGCAGAAACACCAUCCCCAUGCACACCUUCGCCGAGCUGUAUGUCGAUGACAAAGCCACCUUCAAGAUCUCGCAGCUCGAGAUGGGCGAGCACGUCGGUGUCAAGCGCCUGACCGCCUUCUUCGGCCAGUGCUACGACAUGCUCGCCGGCGACAGGAUCAUAUACGUCCAGCCCUCCGGCCUGCAGCCGGCGUGGCAGUACAAGGGCUUCAUCUAGGGAUGCUUCCUGAACAAGUACAUCUCCCCGGGUACGGCCGCUAUGGACUGCGUCCGCAGCUUAGAGAAGGCUGGUUUCGAGGCCA